UCCUGAACUUCCUUCAGGAGUUCCCUGUAGCUCUAUGGAGCGAUCAGCUCAUAGUUUAGGGAACUUUGCUAUUAUGGUUCAAUUUACCGCUCACAUCAGCAACUAUUCCAGAUGCAGCAGAUAGCUGAUAUACAAUGAGUAUGCUAUUUUCCCUUAGUAGUUGUUAGAAACAAAAAACAGCUUUAAGCUAAGUAGAGUGAGUAUUGGCUUUACAUUCUCAGGUAGCCAGACAUGACUCCAAAUGAAUGCUAAUGUUGCUCUGUAUCUACUUGUUGUGUAAAUAAGCAACUGUUUGCUAACAAGUUUGCUAUACAAACUUUAUACGGUGAUUGUUUUGACAGUGUAAAAUACUGCUAAAGCAUCCAAAAAAUCAUUCAUUGAUACGUGUUCAGACAUAACUUAAUCACAAACUCGGCAAUACUCACAAAUGACAUUAUAAUAAAAUGAUUGAGGCCGGUAAGGGGCCCAGCUUGCCGAACCAAAACUGCAUCACCACAGACCAGACCCUUUCUCAUACAACCCUAUUGCUACACACUAUGUCUGUAUGGGUAGAUUUAGCAAAACCCCAGAUUUUAUUCAAUGACCACAUUUGAUUUUGUCAUCAAUUCCCAGCUAAUUUUGUUUUGCCAAGCUCAAGUUUCACAAAGCCACUAAAUGAUACACACAUUAACAGUUCCAGAUGUGUAUAGUAUUUUAUAAUUAUUCAGUAGUUAACGGUUAGUGGGGCCUCCUGGAAUUUCAUUUAACUCAGGAUGUGUUCCAUGACAGAAAAAAAAGGUUGGGAAUCACUUUCCUAAAGGCUUAGUCUCUCAGUAAGAAUAAAGCAGCCCUGGAGGUUGAUAAGUGUCUCAUUGAUAUAUCAGAGCUACCUCUGAUGGUGUUAAACAGUCAGAUAAUCCGUGCUUUAUGUCCUGGAGUAAACAUGGCUGCCAGGGGGGCUUUGCCUGCCACCACAAACACUGAUUUGGUCAGUCCAUGUUCUUACAUGUGAUUGUGGUCAGUGGAAUUGUUCAAUAAGUUACUUACUAAGGUUACUUACAAUUUUGUACUACUCGAAAGUAAAUAUUUCAAUAAGAUUAUCGGAAUCCCAUCAUUAUAAAAAUAAAAAAAGCCUUCAGUAGAUGCAGGUGAUCAACAGUCAGCAUGACAUAUCUGCCAGCACUAGUUCUCCUUAAACACUUCAGAGUCAAAUUACCAUUUUUUCACCCCUUCCUUGUCUCUAAAGAGUCCUCUGGCCAGUGUUCUAUUUUGCAGGACACAUUCAAUCGAGGCUCUGCAAUGAGCUAUCUAAUGUGUUUGUCCUGAGACUGUUGAUCAGUCACUCCCUCUUCCCCCUUUCAUUUAUCCACUCUCCUCUUACUAAUCAUCUUCCCAUGCUCCCUGAUAGAUAUCAUAUAUGAGAGCUAUUACUUAAUUUUUGAUUUGCUCAGGCUGUUUCCCCUCAGCCGUGACUCUUGCCGUUUAUGCUGUGAUUGCUCUUGACAUUUUAAUAAGAAACUUUCCUGUUGCUGACCCCAAGGUACCCACCACUAUGUGCUCUGAAUCACAAGUGAAACAGAAGUGCAACUGUAAACAUUCAGGAAUCCAGCAUAGUGUUUCCAGUCUUUACAUGUGCUAAGACUAUAUUGAACUGUAAACAAGUCCAGUCUUAAUGCAUGUGUGUACUCAUGAUAAUUGCAGUCUUUUUAACCUAAUAUUAUGUAUUUGUUUUUGAGUCAUACACUGAUCAUAGGGGAUGUUACAUUGGAUGGGGGGAUGGCACAGUUUCCCUCAUGCAUCUGUUUUUGUGACUGGGCAGGUGUCUAAUCCCACAAAAUGAAAACGUUCUCCCCAUUAAAAAGCAAAUGCGUCAAAUUAAUGCUAAUAUCAUCUGUGAAGAUCACAGUCCUCCCACUUAUCAGUAAGCAACACAGAUAUAUGCCUGCCAAGUUGUGUUAUGCAUAUGCAUCAUCUUUAUUAUUUCACAGAGCUUCUUGUUAGCCACUUCAGUGUCAGGUGGUAGUGGCUGUUGUUAAUGUUAGCUAUUCCCCCUCUUUGGAUGGCAAGAGUGGAGAGAUGCACAAGGAACUCAACUACAUCUUUAUUAAAUCAUGCAUUCAUUCAUUCACUCACAAAUAGCCUACCUCCUAUUGGCUAAUUGACACCAGGUUCGUUCAAAUCCCUCUACAAUACUGGUAAACAUUUAGGAUGCAAUGUAACAUUACUGAUCUCACCGUAUGGCACAAGUGUGCAGACAAAUUAUUCAGACAUCUGAACAUGUUGAAGCCGGAAAGAGCUUUCCUCAAAUUGUUGACAUUUAUGGAAAAAUAAAAUGUAUGGCAACAAAUUAAUCCCAGGAUACAAUACGAACAUCUAUAGCAAUGAAUAUUGAAUAUUGUUGCGUAAAACAAAAAACCUGAUUCUUUCGGAGCUUGAAUCCAUUGUGGCACUGUGUGACUGGGGAGAAAAAUAGCUGCCCCACUAAAGUAUAAUGAACAGAGCCUUCGCUAUCCAUUGGAAUUCCAGGUCUAUUUCCUUUAAGUGUUCGUGAAAUGCUGAGGGAGUGUUAGAAAAGAGACGGUGGGGGUGGAGCAUGGAGGGAGGUGAGAUCUGAAAGAUUGAAGAUGGAUUUCUGUGGGAGUGGUGUGUGAGCAUUAGAAUGCUGAUGGUGCAGGAGAGACUCUGACUUGGGAAAUCACUCGUCUGCAUCAUUUCACCACUCAAACCAACCGUUUGAGUAUUGGGCUAUAAGUAUCCUGAGGCCUACUACUCUUUUACACUCAUCCGAUGCAUAAUAUAAGCCCUUGUAUGUGCCAUCUACUAGUGAUGUCUCCUUAGAAACAACAAUACCAUCUUCUACCCUGUAGAUGUUCAAAAUAGAGUUUUUUUUUAAUAUUUUAAACUUCACACUCUUCACACCCUUUAAAAACCGAUCCGAAACCGAAAAAAGAUCAGGAUACAUUGAACAAAGAGGAGAUAAUUGUAUGACUCUUUUGGCUUUCAUGUGUCAACUGCAUCUUUAUCCUAAGUAUGAUUUAGUAUGAGUCUGACACUUCCUAUCAAUUAAUUAUGAAUAUGAAUGCUAUCCUUUACUGUUUAAAUGUAUGCGGCCUGAUAGGAUAAGCCUUCCAUUGGCCAGUCACUGUAUUCUGGUUCUUUCUCUUCUUGCCUCUGGUCAACUAUUUUUUGAUUUGUCAUACAUACUAUAGUCAAAGUCUCCAUCACCGUGGGGCUUACGGGGUUAUUCGAUGGUAAUACAUUUUCCACACGCAAAAUGCAGCUCAACAACAUCCCUUCCAUUCCACUCCAUUACUUUAUUUACUGCAGUGCAAACAUUGGUGAAGUAACCACAGCUAAGGCCUGCAAACAACCCAGAUCUUGUUUCCACCCUCCGCAAAAUGAUAGUGUGUUCUUUCACACCUUUAUCCAGUGCUGCAACAGCACUAACGUAGUGUGAAGAUAGUUCUGGCAAUGCAAGAUUUUUAUCUUCUCUGAUUCCCCGCCCUUCCCACCAGGUGACAGGAUAGCAAGGUUACUCACUUGCACUUAUGCAAUGUCUGUUCUCUGUGACAAAGAUUCAAUAUUCACAAUUCGAAAAAUGUCAAAUGUAUCAGUCUCUGAGAAAAGCCUGACGUUUUGGUCUUGCAUUGAAUCUCAGUACAUAUCUCAUGACAUCGGUGAUACAGGAUUAGAGAGUUAUGGAUACAGGAGUGCUUACUGAGAGUGUGGGCUUCAGGUUGUUUACAGCAUUUGCAGACCUGUCAUGUCCACUAGACUGGCCAAAUCUAUUCUCUUUCCAGAGGCAAUAGUGAUGGAUUAUCUGCCCUUAGAAAGGAAAGAGUUCCCUAUUGUUCUCCUCAGCUCUGUGAACUGGCAAUUAUGUUUGUAAUUGCCGCAGGUUAUUUAAGUGCAAUUGACAGACUUGCAUAUGAAUUCUUUGUUCGUUACAUUAAUUUUCCCUUGUCAGUCACAACUAUUAACCUUCUCUACCAUCUCCCUUUCUGCUUAAGCAUUUUUAAUUCAGAAAUAUGGUCACAGUGUUUGCUUUGCAUCUAAUUAUAGAAGAUGGCUUGAGAAGUCAAACAAAUUUCUGUCAUCCAUGUUGAUUAACAUGAAACACGUUUCACUUUAAUGCCAUCAUUUGAAUGUUUGGAGAAGUGAUAACUGAGCUGGCCGUAAGAGAUUUGUGUGUGGUGUGCAAACAAUUCAUCCUUUCUUUAGUUUGUAUAGACCUUGAUUGUGUAACUGAAAUAAAGUAACACAGCCUUUUUGUAGUGAAGAGAAUUGGAACAAAUUCAUUAAUGAUGGAAGAUUUCAGACUCUAAGUCGUCUCAUAACAAAUGAAUGGCGAUGAUACAUUUGCGAGAUUGCACCUUUUGUCCCUAUAGUUUAUUCCUGUCUGUCGUAGUACUGGUCUCAUAUGACUAACUCCUUCUUUGUGUAAGAUAAAGGACUUGUUGUCUGUUCUGCUUACUAUACUGUUCCCUUUGGCAUCUCAUCAGAUAUCCCAGUGAGGGCCACCAGGGUCCAUUUACUGUCUUAUAAAACAGCUAGUCCCCUGCCAGUUUGGUUCAAAACGAUUCCAUAAACAAAGAUACAAGUCGCAAACUCUGCCCUAGUAAAAGGCGUUAUGAGAAAAAUGACACCUUACAAGCAAUUUACACUCCUGUCCGUUGAGAGUUCUGCUGCUCUGGUUCGCUCUCACUUCUUCUGUCCUUUCACCCCAUUAUGUGACUACAUCAUAUUCAUCACAAAGCUAAUGAUAUGUCAUCAUUGCCAAAUGUAAUUCAGGGAAGUUAUCUGCAAUAAUAUUAAUUGUGUGACCUCUUCCCCAUCUUUCUCCUUCUGUAUUCUAGUUGAGAAAGGCGGUGAUGGACCACAUCUCAGACUCUUUCCUGGAGACCAACGUCCCUCUGUUGGUGCUCAUUGAAGCGGCUAAGAGUGGAAAUGAGAAGGAGGUCAAGGAGUAUGCCCAGGUGUUCCGUGAACAUGCUAACAAGCUGGUGGAGGUGGCGAACCUGGCUUGCUCCAUCUCCAACAAUGAAGAGGGUGUGAAGUUGGUUCGAAUGGCUGCCACCCAAAUUGACAGCCUAUGUCCACAGGUUAUCAACGCUGCUCUCACUCUGGCUGCCCGUCCCCAAAGCAAGGUGGCCCAGGACAACAUGGACGUUUUCAAGGAUCAGUGGGAGAAGCAGGUGCGCAUCCUAACCGAGGCCGUGGAUGACAUCACCUCUGUGGAUGACUUCCUUUCUGUGUCAGAGAACCACAUCCUUGAGGAUGUCAACAAAUGCGUAAUUGCUCUGCAAGAGGGAGACGUGGACACUCUUGACCGAACUGCUGGAGCUAUCCGGGGCCGAGCUGCUCGCGUGGUCCACAUCAUUAACGCUGAGAUGGAGAACUACGAACCCGGGGUCUACACCGAGCGUGUGCUGGAGUCCAUCAAGCUCCUGUCUGAGACUGUCAUGCCCCGUUUUGCUGAACAAGUGGAGGUUGCUAUCGAAGCACUGAGUACGAACCCUCCACAGGCCUUUGAGGAGAAUGAGUUCAUUGAUGCGUCCCGUUUGGUCUACGACGGCGUCCGUGACAUCAGGAAAGCUGUCCUCAUGAUAAGGACACCAGAGGAGCUGGAAGAUGACUCUGACUUUGAACAGGAGGACUAUGAUACUCGCAGCAGGACUAGUGUCCAGACUGAAGAUGACCAGCUUAUUGCUGGACAGAGUGCUCGGGCUAUCAUGGCACAGCUUCCCCAGGAGGAAAAGGCAAAGAUUGCUGAGCAGGUGGAGAGCUUCAGACAGGAGAAGUGCAAGCUGGAUGCAGAAGUGGCCAAGUGGGAUGACAACGGCAAUGACAUCAUUGUGCUGGCCAAGCAGAUGUGUAUGAUCAUGAUGGAGAUGACGGACUUCACCAGAGGCAAAGGCCCCCUGAAGAACUCCUCAGAUGUGAUCAACGCGGCUAAGAAGAUUGCAGAGGCUGGUUCCAGGAUGGACAAAUUGGCCCGUGCUGUUGCAGAUCAGUGCCCUGAUUCAGCGUGCAAACAGGAUCUGCUGGCGUACCUGCAGAGAAUCGCCCUGUAUUGUCAUCAGCUCAACAUUUGCAGCAAGGUGAAAGCUGAGGUUCAGAAUCUGGGUGGAGAGCUCAUCGUGUCUGGGCUGGAUAGUGCCACUUCCCUGAUCCAAUCAGCCAAGAACCUAAUGAACGCAGUGGUGCUGACUGUAAAGGCAUCUUAUGUAGCCUCCACCAAGUACCAGAAGGUGUACGGAACAGCGGCUGUUAACUCACCCGUGGUGUCUUGGCGCAUGAAGGCCCCUGAGAAGAAGCCUCUGGUAAAGAGGGAGAAGCCCGAGGAGUGCCAGACACGUGUGCGACGAGGCUCCCAGAAGAAACACAUCUCCCCUGUCCAGGCCCUCAGUGAAUUCAAGGCCAUGGACUCGUUCUAAGCAAAAAAUAAUAAUGCUCACCCAAGAAAAAAACAUCAAAACAGCGGCGACAAGUUGAAGAGAAAGUUCCUUUAUACAUUGUGUUAACCCACCUCUGUGUUUCCUGUGUGUGCUUGGUGACGCCUCAGGAGGACUUCAGUACAUAUUAAACUGCCACACUACGGCUCCUGUGAAAACUGUGGGCCUCAUGGCCGACAGGAAGACUGCACACACCCAACACUAUUUAUCGAUCUUAAUGUAGCUUAAUAUGUGAGAGACAAAAUGUGACACAAGUACUUUUGAAAAUAUGGGAGUUAAAAAAAGAAACAUAUCAAAGGAGGAAUAGUGGCAAUUAAAAAAAAAAAAAUGGUGGCAGUUGAUAUAGCUAUAUCUUUAACGUGCCACUGACUGGCUGCUUGUAUACACAUUUAAACUGCCUGAAUGGAAAUCCUGAAUGGUUCAGUAGAGGAGUUAUUCUUAAGGGAAUAUGUCAAUGUUGGUAUGCUCCCUCUAGAUAUUUUCUUUUCAAUUUGAAUGUAACCUGUAGUGCUAGGAAUUAUUUAUGUUUAAGAUACCUGGAAGUGUUGGCAUCCAAGUAGUUUCCUUGUUCCUGAUGAUUAUAAUAAUAAUCCAUACGGUGUUUUUUUCCAAAGCACACUUAUGGUCUAUUGUAUUGCCUUUUUAAAUUCAAUUUAUUUAAUUAUUACAUCACUAACUAUGAUGACCUUGAUUGGAAGUUGUGUAGCGUAUAAAUAUAGACAGAGAGGUUUGACUAGUUGUGGUUUGCUCAGAGAAUAGAAAUCCCUGCAUACAGUACCUUUAUAUAUUCACCCUUCUCUAAUAAAUCCCUCAACUU